GCCCCCUACAGGCGAAAUAACAGAAGUGCAGACAGGGUGAGCUCAGCGGGGAAACCGAAAGUAUGAAGUAAAUAUAGAGUGGACCGACCGGCACGGUGUCGAGACCUCUCAUCGAUCAUUCCAGGUGGAUCAGGACCUCCAGGCGAGAAAACAGCAAUGGGUUAUGCAAAUAUCAAGGACGUUCAAACCACUGGAGCUUCCUGGAAAACGGGCCAGCAGGACAAACUGGGAUACUCAGGUGUGGAGGCAUCACACACUAUGGCAGAGACUGACAGUGGCAGAAUGAGUAGGUACAAGUCCAAGAUCUUCAAUGUGGGACAAAAGUGUGGAAUCGACCCGGCUCUCAUUGCUGCCAUCAUCUCAAGAGAGUCCAGGGCUGGAAAUGUUCUGCAUGACGGCUGGGGAGACUGGAACCCACACAGGAACGCGUACAACGCCUGGGGACUGAUGCAGGUUGAUGUUAAUCCGAGUGGAGGUGGACACACUGCUGAAGGUGCAUGGGACAGUGAGGUACACCUCUGCCAGGCCACCGGGAUCUUGGUUGGUUUCAUCGGCCGAAUCCGCAAUAAAUUUCCUGGCUGGAGCGGAGAGCAGCACCUGAAAGGCGGGAUAGCGGCCUACAACAUGGGCGAUGGAAAUGUCCAUUCCUACGCUGAAGUGGAUGCGAACACAACAGGUGGAGACUACUCCAAUGAUGUUGUUGCCAGAGCUCAGUGGUACAAAAGGAAUGGGUUUUAACAGCUGAAGCUGUCCACUCCAAGCCUCUGAGGAAUCUCCUGCAAAUAAGGAAUGAAACAUUGUGAAUGUGUGUCAUGUGUCAAAACCUGAGCUUAAUAAACAUAAUGCAAAGCAAA